AUGUAGGGAAUAGAAAAUUUUAGCAUAUAAAAAAUAAAGUUGAUGUUGAAAAUCAUCAAAGAAAUGUAAAAAUUCAAUUGCGCAAUGACCUUUCCUCUUGUCUAAUCACUCACGCCCCCCUGAAAAUGUCAACCACAUUCCGGUUACUUCUUUCUUUCACUCCCUAUACAUACACACACCAAACGGGUUUAAUCCGCUAGUAUAAAUAUUUGAGAUGCAGCGAACCGUUUUCAUUCAUUUUCUGCACACCAUAAAAGCUCAAAGAGACCCAACAAAACAAGGCCAAGAGUUUGAAGAAUCUGAAGCCACAAGUAGUACUCCAGAGAAAGCUAGCUAGCUACUGCUAGAGAAGAAGCAAGAGAAUACAUAUUAUAUUAGCAACCGUAUAUAAACAUAAAGAAGCAUGGCAGAUGAGUUCAACACAAGUGGGAACUGGUGGGAUUCAACAUCAAGAAGCAGGUUUGAAAGCGGCACAUCAUCGUCUUCGGGGCUCAAUAAUUCGGGGAGCUUUGGAUGGCCAACUGAUAUGGCUGACAUCAAAGCAAGGACUAAUACUAUGGAUUCCAUGUCGUCGGUGUCUGGUAGUUCGGUGGUUUUCCAGGAACCCCAGAAGCUGCAAGGGCAUGAGUCAGCUGGUGGUGGCGACCCAAGCUUGCAAAUGAUGGGUUUAGGCCUUUCAACUCAAGCCAUGGAUUGGAACCAAAGCUUGCUUCGAGGUGAAAAGGCUGCUGAUAGUAGUUUCCGUGCCAUGCUUCAAGAAAACUUGAACUCAAACACUAACUUUCAGCAAGAAACUGGGAUGGGAUCCUCUCAAUGGAGAUCAGAAAAAAUGUUUUCAGGGAUGAGUGGGGGAGAGUCAUCCUCAAAUGAGUUUAAGCAACUUAAUCGUGGUUUUUCUUUAGAUCAACCUUCCUUUAGUCCUCAAUAUAGUUCUGGGGAUAGCACUGUGACAUGCCAAGGCUUGCCUUCUAGUUUUCAAAUGGAUUCAUCGGCUAUGUAUGGAAGCCCUUCAACUAUAUUGCAAGGACUAUUGGGACCAGAUAGUAACCAGCCUCAACAGCCUUCAUUUGAGAAUCGUCCUAUGAAUUUUUCUUAUCCAGCGAACUAUGGCGUGAAUUCUAGUGAAUUGUUGCCAUCUUGGUCGGCUAAGGUUCCUCCGUUUUUGAGAAGUUCACCACCAAAACAGACAGUACCACAUAACCAGUUGCAUUUCUCUAACAACGCCCCGUUUUGGAACGCGUCUGAAGCCGCCAUGAAGGGCUUUUUCCCAUUGAUGCAACAGCAGUUUCCCACAACAAGCUUUGAAGAAAAACCAAAGCAGAAUAUAUCCGAAGUUCGGGACUCAAGCACAGUGGUGAAGAAAAGUGGCAGUGAAGCCACAUCUAAAAGGCCUCGGAAUGAAACACAGACUCCUUUACCAGCUUUUAAGGUGAGGAAAGAGAAGAUGGGGGACAGAAUCACUGCGCUCCAACAAUUGGUAUCACCUUUCGGAAAGACUGAUACAGCCUCAGUGCUUUCUGAAGCCAUUGAAUACAUCAAGUUUCUCCAUGAACAAGUUAGUGUCUUAAGCACACCUUACAUGAAAAGUGGAGCUCCCAUACAGCAUCAGCAGAAUUCUGAUAAAUCUAAGGAUCCAGAAGGACCAAAACAAGACCUUAGAAGUCGAGGACUAUGUUUGGUACCAGUUUCAAGUACAUUCCCAGUCACUCAUGAGACCACAGUUGAUUUCUGGACUCCUACAUUUGGAGGAACUUUCAGAUAGAUGGUGAAGAAAGUUCAACUUAUUAACUGUAACAAAUAUACAUCUUAUCAAAACCCUAGCCAAGUUGGGAGUGAUAAGAUCAAAGAAAAAAGAGCAGAAGACACAGAAAGACCACAUUAUUGUACUAGUUUGAGUUGGCAAUAGAAAUUGAAGAGAAAGAAAAAAAAAAAGGAAUUGACCCUCCAAAGGACAGACCAUUGUUGGG